AUGGCGGCGCCUGUUUCUGGCCACUACCCGAGCCGUCUAUUUCAUGUCAGGGAUCGAAUUUCGGGCUCAGAUUUUUUGGUCGAUACGGGAGCCGAAAUCAGCAUUAUCCCAUUACACCUCUCUCAACGACGGCACCCUCAGAGUACUAAAUUGUCUCUAGUCGCAGCCAAUAACACAGUCAUUAAGACUUAUGGCGAACAAUCACUUAUUUUAGAUCUCGGUCUCCGGAGACGUUUCACAUGGGUUUUCAUCGUAGCUGAAAUCAAACAACCCAUUAUCGGGGCCGAUUUUCUCGGUGCUUACAACCUACUUGUAGAUAUGGCAAAAAAGAAACUAAUCGACAAAAACACAAGCUUACAGGUCAGUGGCACAACUAUCUCCAGUUACGAAAUUCAUGGAGUCCGUAUGUUAAGACCUGAAAACAAGAUUUUCACCGAUAUUCUAUCGAAGUAUGAAAGUAUAACCAGAGCUGAUUACCAAAACGAAUGCUCCACACAUCAUGUCCAACACAGUAUUACUACUACAGGACCACCUAUCCGCGCCAGGGCGAGAAGACUCCCUCCAAACAAGUUGCAGUUCGCUAAGAGAGAAUUCGAACAUAUGAUGCAACUUGGGAUAAUCAGACAAUCCAACAGUCCUUGGGCCUCGCCGCUGCAUAUGGUUCCAAAGAAAGAUCAAGACUGGCGCCCAUGUGGAGAUUAUCGCCGUUUGAAUAACCAGACUAUCCCAGACCGGUAUCCGAUACCUCACCUGCAUGAUUUUUCUUUAAAUCUACAUGGAAAACAGAUUUUUUCAAAGUUAGAUCUAGUCCGAGCAUACCAUCAAAUACCGAUGGCACCUGAGGAUAUCGAGAAAACAGCCGUAAUCACACCUUUUGGCUUGUUUGAGUUCUUGAGGAUGCCUUUCGGACUAAAAAACGCCGCUCAAACCUUCCAGAGAUUUAUGGACGAAGUAACUAGAGGUUUGGAUUUCGUAUUUGUCUAUAUCGACGAUGUUUUAAUCGCUAGUUCUUCCAUUGACGAACAUCUUCAGCACCUACACACACUUUUUGAACGUUUCAAAAGUUAUGGCGUUGUAAUCAACCCUUCGAAAUGUAUAUUUGGCGCCUCAUCUCUGGAAUUCCUGGGACACCACAUUGAUUCCCAAGGAAUUAAACCGCUUGAAGAGAAAGUCAAAGCUAUCUCCAGCUAUCCAGAACCAACCUCAGUAAAAUCACUACGUCGUUUUCUCGGAACAUGUAAUUUCUAUCGACGAUUUCUACCAAAUUGUGCUGAUGUACUACAGCCAUUGACAGAUUUACUGAAAAACGAUAAAUCAGGUACCAAGAAAGAAAAGAACAAAAUAUUCAAGUUACCUCCCGAU